AUGGAAUUAGGGAGAUUUUCUUACUAUGCUGUGAGAAAGGGAUUCGUUCCUGGAGUAUACGACAAAUGGGAAGAUUGCAGGAACCAAGUUGAAGGUUUCAGCGGCAACAAAUACAAAGGUUUUAAUGUGCUGGCCGAGGCAGAGCAGUGGAUGCGCGGUGAACCGUUAACGGGAGACGGUAGUCGUUCAAGGCACAGGAGGAUUGGGGGGUCUCAGUCACCAAAGCCCUCGCGGUUACUAGAGGGGGUUACUUUUCGUCCACUCAGUGUCAACCAAAGAGGUAGCAGUAGCACAGCCGGCGGCGGUGGUGGCGACACAGUAGCGAGGAAGCCACCGUUAGGUUUUGUUCAUAUUGAGGACAUGGAAUUGAUGUUACUCCGAGCAUGUUCAUUCUUUGGUAUCAGAGAUCCUAUGUAUGUGCAGCAGGAGACAACACCAAGGGAGAGCUGUGUCAUGUUCGGGUGUACGAUCAUUCUCCGUGAUAAGUCGUUGGGUCUGGAUUUGGUAGCCUACGGGCCCAUAACGUCAAACGAGCAUGGUGGUCGGCAAGAGGCAUCGUUCAUAAUGUUGGAGAAGUUGUUGAACGCAACUGGUCAUUCGAUCCUUGACUACAACUAUCGCAUUUUGGAUCGAAUGCGGCAAAAUGGUGAGGAAGCGGUUAGCCAUGAGAUUGAUUCUCUUAGACAGAGAAUCAAGAGGUUGGAGGAGGAGAAGGAGGACCUAAUGAACCAGGUUGAAAUGUUCAACGAGGUGUUGGAGGAUUCCUAG